GAGGAAAGGAGAUUAACAGCUGAUUCUCCAGGUUUAAGCAACUAGGCUGACCCAUCUCUGUCUACUUUACUCCGGCACAGGGGAAACAAUAUAACAUGAGCAAAGUAUCCCGUGAGACUCUUUAUGAGUGUGCAGGAGCCGUCCUUGCAGCUGCAAAGGCUAAGCAGCGUAAGUUCACAGAGAGUGUUGAACUUCAAGUUGGAUUGAAGAACUACGAUCCCCAGAAGGAUAAACGUUUCUCCGGCACUGUCAAACUCCGUCAUAUUCCCCGUUCAAAGUUUACCGUUUGUGUCCUAGGGGAUCAGCAACAUUGUGACGAAGCUAAGGAGCAAGGCCUGCCGUGUAUGUCCGCUGAUGACCUGAAGAAGUUAAACAAGGAUAAGAAGAAAGUGAAGAAGCUAGCUAAAGGUUAUGAUGCAUUCCUUGCAUCAGAUACACUCAUCAAGCAGAUCCCUAGGCUUCUAGGCCCUGGACUGAAUAAGGCUGGAAAGUUCCCAACUUUGAUCACUCACAACGACGACCUUUCUGCCAAGGUGAAUGAUCUGAAGGCUACAAUCAAGUUCCAAAUGAAGAAAGUCUUGUGUCUCUCUGUAGCUGUCGGCAAUGUUACCAUGACAGAAGACGAGCUGGUACAAAAUGUUCAUCUGGCGAUGAACUUCCUGGUUUCCCUGUUGAAGAAGCACUGGCAGAACGUGAGGUCUCUCCACAUCAAGUCCACCAUGGGACCUGUUCAGAGACUUUACUAAAUCACAAGACCUCUCAAAUACAAUUAUUUUAAACUGUAUUUUAGGUCUGUAAAAAUAAAUCUUUGCUCUUAAUA